AUGAGGCUCCUGCUGCUUCUCGCUGCUCCGCUCAGCAUCCUCAGCCUCCAUGUCUCCUUCAGGGCCUCCCCAGGCAGCGUGAUUUCCCCAGGCCGGCUGGAGCGCUGGGUCCGCUCCGGCCUCCAGUCUCUGCAGUGGGACCAACUGGACCGGUGCCUCCGCAUGUCCUCACUCUCCGAAGCAGAGUGCCGGCAGCUUGCCCACCUGCCGCCGUCUGCCGUGGCCGUUUACGUGUCGGAGCCACGGAUCAUCGCAGGUUCCUCAGACAAAGUUGUGGCCAUCCUGCCGGACUCCUCAGGUGGGACAUUGAGCUUCAAACCUCGGGCAGGUUUCGGGGUCAGUCAGAUGCCGAAUGGAGGGGAUGGUCCCUACAGGCACCAGCAGCCUUUUCCUGGAUCCAUGACCCAUGAUGCCGUCCUGGUGCUGGAUCCUAGCCCCGGGGAAAACUUUGGACAUCCUGUGGUCCUCUUUUACUUGGACAUGAACAUGACAAAGAAGAGAUGCUCCCACCUGGACGGCAUUUACCUGGGUGACGAGUGUUUGACUCUGGCUCUGAAGGGUCGUUGUCAGAACCAGCUGAAGCGUCGGCAAGCCGGGCCAGAUAGGCUCAUGGGUAACGGACACAGCCGGGUGGCAGGUGGGGCCCUGCGCGGUGGCAGUAUCAGCACCAGUGGUGGCGGCCGACUGGUAGAGCGGAACGUCGGAGGGCUCUGCGAAGUCCACUUUCUGCCGCUGGUUGUCGGGGUCGGAGACAGCAACCGAACACAGAGACUUAGAUGUGUGGACCACACAGGGUUUGCGAGGUGUCCUCAGCCGCUGCCGAUGGGCCCUCCCAGUCUGCCUGUCUCCAGCUGCGAGCUGAAUAAAAACACUCGCCGCUGCCACCAGCAGCCGCUCGCCACUCACCUCUCCUGCCGGCUCUACCAGACCUGUGACCACGCCGUGCUCAUAUCGGGUGGCUGGCAGCAACAGAUGACGUUCCAGCAUCACGUUGAAAAUCUUCAGAGGAUGUAUAAAAUGCUCCAGAACAAUGGCUUCCAUAAAGAUCACAUCAAGACCUUCUUUGCCAACAGUGGGCAAGUUCCUGAGGACAUAGAGGGCAUAGAGGGCGUGUACUCGGCAACAGAGAAAGCGGUGAUUCGUAACCACGUGUCGUACGUCUGCAGGAAGCAACACUGCGCUGACACACUGGUUCUCUACCUGAACUCGCCAACACGCAACGAUGGCACCAUGCUGCUGUGGGAUGCCAACCUCAAUGGCAUUGCUGAUCUGAAGGAACGAUACUCUGUCAAUGAGCUGCUGGCAGACCUGGCCGGCUGCAGGGCCACUCGCGUCCUACUCUUUGUGGAUCAGAGCUACAGUGGCGUUCUGUUCAAGAGGCUGCAAGGGUCCCAGAAACACCUCAACGUGGUCCUGAUCCCAAAGCAGCCCAGGCAGACCCAAAACCACCACAACCAGAGGGUGAACACGGGCUCAGAGGACGGCAGCUGGUCCUACAUCCAUCCUGCAUCCUGCCUGCUGGACCACCUGGGGAAGGCUGCAGGGAUGGCUCCUUUGCUGGAGCCGUGGGCCGGCCUUUUGAACGUGACCCUGGCAGGCGCCCCCUGCAACGCCACACCGCCACUGACUGACGCGGAGAUGCGACGAGAAUACCAGGGCUGUCAGAACCUGCCGACCGCGCUUUGGCACCAGAGACACAGGCGGACCAACUGAGAGA